AUGGAUUACCAUCCUGGAAGUUGUAUUACUGCUGGAGAAAUAAAAAUACCAGUUAUAAGCAUCGCUACUUGGAAGACAAAUGAUGAAGACAUGGAGAACGCAUUGAAUACUGCCCUGGAACUGGGUUAUAGGCGCAUCAGGACCUCCUAUGCAGAAUACAAAGCAUUAGGGUCUAUUCUCAAAGAAAUGUUUGCUAGCAACAAAUUCAGGAGAGAAGAUAUUUUCAUUUCAGCCAAGCUUCCUUCAGUUGGCAAUAGAUACGAAGAUGUGGAGUAUUUCCUUAAAAAAGCCUUGGAUGAACUGCAACUGGAUUAUCUAGAUCUGUACGAACUUGGUUCGCCGAUGGGAUUCGUCAAGCAAGGAGAUACGCUUGUUCCUCUUGAUGAUGAUGGCGAAAUUUUAUUGGAUUUGAAAACAGAUAUUAUAGGAACGUGGAAGGGAUUGGAGGAACAAGUGGUUGCUGGCCGCACGAGGAGCAUCGGCUUGGGCUGCUGUAACCUGAGCCAGGUGGCGAGGAUCCUCGACAGCUGUACCAUCAGGCCCGUCAGCCUGUCCAUCGAGCUCCACCUCUACCUCCAGAUGAAGGAAGUGGUCUCUUUUUGCAAGAAGAAUGGGAUAGCUGUAACUGCCGUGGCUCCCCUCGGCUGUCCGGGGCUGCAAGAGAUCUUAGGUGGAUUUUGUGGGAAAAAAAAGAUUGUUCGUUCCCCGAUGAAGGACCCCGUUGUAAAAGAAAUUGCGAAAAAGUACAACAAACGGCCAAUGCAGGUUGUGCUUAGGUUCCUGAUCGAGUAUGGUGUUACCAUAGCAUUCAAAUCAGUCAAUCCAAAGAGGUUGAAAGAAUGUUUCGAUAUAUUCGAUUUCCAACUGACUCGAGAAGAGUACGAUCGACUAAUCGAUCUAGACUGCGGUGAGGAAGGAAGGCUCAUUGGAGGAAGCUGUGGAACUGGCAUUUUGAAAACUUUAGAAAGGCAUCCCGAAUUUCCUUGGAAAAAAUAA